UAUUAUGUAAACAUUAAUGAUUGGCCCUAAAAAUGCGAAAUUAGGGCCCAAAUUAAUUAACUAGACGAUUCAUUUCGAAGCUCCGACGAUCGAAAUCUCCAGUUAAUUAGAUAGGGUGUCACGUGGUGCCGUGACGUCAUAGAAGCAAUAGCUCUGACUGCUGAUACUAGUGAUAGAUGUGACUUCGUAAACUUUACGUGAUUUAUUUCUUUGAUUAAACAUGGAAAACGAGUUUCAUGACAUUGACGACAUUCCUUUGAGGGUAGAAAUUCAGCCGUAUAUGUUCGAACCGCCAGCGAGAGCCGAACCUACGGAAAAUUCGGAAGAGAACAGCGAAACAAUUACUUCCAAUGGCGAUGAUGAAAGUCGACUUUUAAACACAAUAUGGUGUGAAUGUGGACUCUGCGAGACAAUGACCACUGUACCAGAAUGCAUCUGUUGUGCAGAAAUUCCCCUCAUAGAUAAGAUCAGAGCAAGUAGUCAAAUUGACUGCAUCACACAACACCAGACCUUCAUUGACAACUGUCUGAAUAUCCGUGUGUUAGAAGUCAGCAUGUACAUGUACAUCCAGUCUGAGGGUCCACUUGAUGACAAUGAGCCAAUUAAUGAGGUUUAUAGACACAUUGCCUACAGACGCUUUGUUCUCUGGAUCUGGCAUCGCCUGGGAAGAGGAAACCGCAAAAUUAUCCCAGCCUGUGUUGUAACCAAAAUCCGCAGUGUCUUUCCCUCUGAGCAGUACACUGGCUUUCGGUAUCCCCGACCAACUUGA